AUGAGAUCCUUCAGAACCAUUCUGCUCGCCUUCGCAGCCAGUCUCGGCAUUGUUGCGGCGCAAGUAGGCCCUCUAGGCGACAAUGGAAGACCAACGACCUAUACAGCCUAUCAUUUUGACCAGCUCAUCGACCAUUUUCAAAAUAGCUCUCGAUAUGCGCCCAACACAAAUGCCACUUUCAAGCAACGGUACUAUUUCGACGACACCUACUACAAGCCUGGAGGCCCGGUCUUUCUAUAUAUCAGUGGCGAGACGAGUGGACCGUCGCGCUUUUCGAAUCUUCAGACUGGGAUCAUCCAGAUCCUGAUGAACGCAACCGGCGGUCUAGGUGUUAUUCUUGAGAACAGAUACUAUGGUGAAAGCUAUCCGUUUCCGAACUCUACCACCGACAAUCUCCGAUUCCUCACCACAGAGCAGACUAUUGCUGACAAUGCCUACUUUGCGCAACAUGCUAUCUUCCCCAACAUCACAGGUGGAAACAACCUUACGGCCCCGGGUCACCCGUGGAUCCUGUAUGGGGGCAGCCUCGCUGGCGCACAGACGGCCUUUUCACUAGUUCAAUAUGAAGGGUUGCUUUGGGGAGGCAUUGCUGCUUCAGGCGUGAUUCAUGCCGUUCUUGGCUAUCCUGAAUGGUACGAUCCGAUCCAAGAGAAUGGGCCCCAGGAUUGUAUCUCCCUAAUCAACAACAUCAUCGACAAGAUGGACCAUCUGAUUCAGCAGAACAACACAAAAGCUAUUCAGCAAUUGAAGGAUAUCUUCGGACUCGGAUCUUUGAGUGAUCUCAGGGAUUUUGCAAUGACCAUUGCCUUUCCCCUGGGCGGACCGAUGAAUUAUCCCACCAACACCUGGCAAGAGCUCAACUGGUAUCCGGCGUAUGACAGUCCAGAUUUCUUCUGGUUCUGCAACAACAUUACCAACAUGGACGCCCCAGCAAACAUCACCGCAAUCGACAUGCAGUUGGCGAAUUAUACCAACGGAUCAGCCUGGACCGGUCUCGGAGCGUAUGCGAACUACGUUAAAGAAGUCAUUGUCUCGACUUGUGACAGUACAGAUUUGAUUGAUACAACUGAAUGCUUUUCCACACAAAACGCGACUUACUACGCCGACCCAACCAAUUCGGGCUCUCGUUCCUAUCUCUACAGUACUUGUAUAGAACAGGGUGCAUACCAACUUCCACAACCGCAUGGUAAACCUUCUCUCCUUUCCCGUGUCAUUGGGCUUGACUACACUCAGCAAUGGUGCACUUGGGCAUUCCCGCCAGGCCCACUCUCACCCCAAGCUGUUCCAUCUCAGGAUGGUCCAAACCUGACAUGGUACAACAAGUACGGUGAUUUUAAUCUUUCGGCGCCGAGGCUAGCAUUGAUCGAUGGUGGAAGCGAUGUGUGGCGAGAUGUAUGCUACCAUGGCCGCAAUGCCAGCACGCGAUACGGGGCGAAUCAGAUGCUCAUCACCGGAGGAGGCCACCACUGGGAUAGCUCUGGAAUCCUGAACAUCAGUGCAGAGCCAGACUUCAUCAAAGCGGCGCACGAGUGGGAGCUACGGCAAGUGACAGGAUGGUUGGACGAAUGGGAUGCCACCCACAGUAGGAAGGUUAGGAAGAGGGAUGAGCUGUAA